AUGCAGCCUCACUCCCAUAACCCGGUCGGUCCUGACCAGACCCGUCAUAGCCAACAAUCUCAACACCAUCACCCUUACCAAGCCCGACCGGCAAGCUCUUCCUCGGCUGUAGGAUCGACGUCCUCGGCCAGCCGACCCAGAACCGCCAACUCCGUGUCACCCAACAACACCUCUUCGGACCGACCUCCGAAACCACCAAGAAAACUCAACAGGUCCGCGAACCAGCUGCAUCGCAAUCAAGCAUGCUUGCCGUGCAGGAGGCGCAGGAUAAAGUGUGACGCUGCCAAGCCACACUGCUCCUCUUGCAUCCGCUCGUUUCGAUUCCUGGCGAGAACGCAACCUGAUCCCGAACGCGAGGCUCGUGGCGUCCAGUGUGUCUACGAGGAAAGUACAGACAAUGAACCGGUGGGCGGUGGUGGCGUCGAGGGGGCGUCGCAACCUUCCCUACACGUCGAUCCUGAUCAUCCGCGGAACACUGUCCUCAAGUUGGAAGGCCGUAUAGCGGAACUGCAAGACGCCCUUGCUCGCCUCAGUGACGGACAGCAAGCUCUCGGCGUGUCCAUUUCGGCUCCCAACUCCGCUACAUUCCCAGUCCACUCGUCCCCACACCAGCACCCUUUGUCCGCCGGCGCAGCGGGCGCGGGGGGUCACAGCGUACCACGAAGUAUGUCAUGGUCGACAGUUGAUUCCAACGUUGCAGGAGGUGGUGGUGGGGGGACUGGAGUGGGUGGUGGCAGCGCCUUUUCACCGCAGCAGUACUCGCCUGCCCCCGGUCCAAUCAAUCCGAGGUUUUCCUUCGACGGAGCCGCCGGAGCCGGUAUGAGCCCGGCCCUGGGACCCAGCAUGAUCUCAUCAACGCCCUUGUCGAGUUCUCCAAUCCAGGAGCACAGCACGGCGUCGCAUCGUUUCAUGCAACCGAGCCAUACGGGCGUCAGCCAUCAUCACAGCCUUUCAGGCCACUCGGGAGUGAUGGACAUGGGAAUCGGUGGCAUGGGGCACAUGCACCAUUCUCUGCAAGGUUCCCGAGGCACCGCAAACGUCCUUUCCGACUGCGGGUAUCAGACUGCUGGGAUGCACAAUCCCGCUCUUCCGGCCUAUCAGCAAGAUCUCGGUACCGAUGAGGAUGGGGGGCGCGGAGCAAGUUCCGCCGGUGGAGGGCAGUACAUGGACGUCUUUCGACAAGGAUGGACGCCAUACCUGGCUGAGCCUUCGUUAAUCGAUCACUUUGUGCAGACGUUCAUAGCCGCUCCAUCGGCUCAACUACAGACCCCAACUCCCGAGACCCCUCUCAGUCUCGGUUUCCCUCCCACACUCCUUAGGUCCGGAUCACCGAAGGCGCAGGUCGCUCCGACGCUCGCCCCGACGCUCGCCCCGACGCCUACGGCCUUGUCGUCGUAA